CUUACCUUGCGGGGGGCGCCAUCUUUUUGCUGCCGGUGGCGGUCAUCGGGACAGGGAGGGCAGCGCUGCCGGAGACGCGAUGCUGGCCCGCUUGGCUUUGCGCGGCUUGGCUCCUGCCGCCUUGAGGAACUUGGCGCCCGGUCUCUCCGCCGGAGUGGUGCAUAUAUCAAGACCACUUCACACUAGUCAGCAACACUUGGCUCCCGUACCACCUCUGCCGGAGACAGGAGGUAAAGUCCGUCAUGGGAUAUUUCCUGAAGAGUUUUUCCAGUUCCUGUAUCCUAAAACAGGAGUCACAGGCCCCUAUAUGCUUGGGACUGGGCUUCUGCUCUAUCUUCUCUCCAAGGAAAUUUACAUAAUUAACCAUGAAACAAUAUCUGGAAUAUGUGUUGUGGGAAUCCUCAUCUAUGGCAUUAAGAAGUAUGGUGGUAAGGUAGCAGCUUUUGCCGACAAGCUCAUUGAGGAAGAAAUCGCUACUGCCACAGCUGUAAAAGAAGGUAUGAUAAGCAGCUUGGAGAAGGCAAUUGUGGAUGAGAAGAAAGAGCAGUGGAGGGUAGAAGGUCGCCACUAUCUCUUUGAUACCAAGCGGAACAAUGUUGCUAUGCUGCUCGAAACUAACUACAGGGAGAGGAUGUUCACUGUUUAUACUGAAGUGAAGAAGCGGCUGGACUAUCAAGUAGCUAUGCAGAAUUUUAAGCAGAGUAAGGAACAAGAUCACAUGAUCAACUGGGUGGAGCAAAAUGUUAGGAAGAGUAUAACAGCUCAACAGGAAAAGGAGAGCAUUGCCAAAUGCAUCUUGGACUUGAAGGUGUUGUCAAAAUCUGCACAGGCAGCUGUCUGAAUGCAACUUUUACUUGCAACCUGUCAAACUGUAUGAUUGAUAUUAAUUAAACAUCUGUACCAUU